CCGCGCACCCCCACACCGCCGCCCCGCAAGCCCGACAAGCCGCGUCUGCGUCUCGGCUCCAGCACCGGCCUGCUCGGCAGCUUCGAGGAGUCCGCGCUGAAGGGCCGGCUGGAGCCGGUGGCCACCGUGCACGGCUUCACGGCGGAGCUGGGCGCGUCGGGCGCCUUCUGUCCGCCGCACCGCCGCCUGCCCGUCACCGUGUUCUUCUACGCGCCCGGCGGAACCAACGCCCCCUACAUGGGGCACAUAAACCUGGGCGCGAGUGGGUACCGCGUGCCGCGCGCGGGCACGGUGCAGGUGUCGCUGUUCAACCCGCAUGGCACCCUCGUCAAGAUGUUCGUGGUGCUGUACGAGCUGACGCGCAUGCCGGCGCGCGCGCGCACCUUCCUGCGUCAGCGCACGCUCUACGUGCCCGCCGCCGCCCCCCACAUGCCGCCGCCAGACCACCACAAGUGGCUGCGCUACCUCAUACAUCUGCGGUUCAUGACGUCAAAGUCCGGUAAACUAUAUCUACACACAGACAUACGUAUAAUCGUAUCGCGGAAAGCCGACCUGGACACGGCGACGGCGCAC